AAAUAUGUUUGGACGAGGUUCUGACAAUGAUUAAUUUGACCACUUCUAAUUGGCUUUGUUUAUUCACUUUUGGUUUAAAAUAUAGUCUCUAUAAAUUGAGCUGGUCAUGUUCUACAUUAUUCAGAACGAUUUCUGAAUCUGAUCUUCCUCCUUCACACUCAUGUCCCCUUCUUCGACAUCAUCGGUCUUCUCCCAUGUUGUGUGAAGCAAAGAUUUUGCAAGCAAGAAAGCACGCCGUCUCUCUUCAUCUUAGACCACAACAUUAGAACUUUGCUUCGGAUUAACGUAGAAAGUGUAGAAAGUCUCCUCAGAACUCUCAAAGCUUCCAUUUCAGGAAAAAAAAAAUCCAAAUGGAGCUUGAGGACCAGGAAUUAAUUGAUCAGGUCGAAAUCAAUAUAGUUAAUGGAAAUCAUAUGCAACUAAGAAGUUAUCCAUGGGAAUGCAAUAAUCCUUUUAGCAUUCAUGCAUAUGAUCAUAUGAACACCUACACACGAACAUUUCAUGGCUUCACCAAUUAUAUUCAUUGUGUAACUUCAAAUGAUGCACCAACAUAUGUCCUGAAACCAUGGACAUGUACGCAGAUUGAGGGAAACAACAUUUUGGUUUUUGAUAAGGUCACUAAUUUGUUGCCAUACUUAAAUGCUGAAGGAAAUAAUGUCUGUGUGAAUAUCCAGAAUCAUAAACCUUACGCUCCUACUUCGAGACUAAGAGAUGUAACAAGGGGAUUAAUGAGAGGGAUGUGCAACAUAUAUGUAUCAAGAUUAACAAUUGAAAAUAUUAGAGAAUCUGUUGUUAUAACAGAAUAUUCGGAAGUUCGGUUUAUUCGCCUUAUAGAAGAUUACAGUAUACAAGAGAGAACGAUAAGAGACUUCAUCAAUAUUAUUGAACAAUUACAAUUUUUUGUUCCACAGCUGUACGAGUUGAUCAGCUAUACCCAUAUGCUGAGAACAUCGUACUCGUAUGAUUAUUUCUACAACCAUCCCUAUUUUUGGACUUUGGAACAUAGGUAUCAUUAUAUCAUGAAUAUAUGUGUGGAGUUCGAGAUUAAUCCAUCGGAUCGAGAAUCUCAGGAAAAACAACAAAAUAUUUCUGGUGUUAUAACUCAUAUAGUGCAAUAUAUCGAAUCAAAAUACUCAGUAAACCAUUGGUCAGUUAUGUUCCUAGAAGGCUCGAUGUAUUUUACUUUGGCGACCGGCGGCAAUUAUAGUAAAUCGAAAGACUUAAUACGAUAUAUCAGAAACUUAGAUAACCACAAUUGGACUAAUUACGGAGAGAUUGAUUGCAUGAUUUAUUCAACGUUUCCGGAUUUGCUUCCCUUGUUAUAUGAACAUCUUGGGAAUUUGGUUCCACAUCCUAGACCAAUAAUUUUUGUUUGGAGCGAUCUCUAUCAUUAGAUGUGUCUCCAGGUGAUUGGGGAUUCCACAGUUGGUUUGUAACGUGUUUCAUUUGUGAUUUGUCAUUUUUAACCAGUAUCCCGUUGUUGAAGAUAUUUUUAUUUUGAACAAAUAUCAUGUUCGGCUUUCUUUACUGUUUGCAAACCCCUAAUAGACGACUCUUGGUUCAGCUUCCUGCACGCUCCCAGAUUGUAAAAGUGAAUUAUUCAAAUCAUACAAGCAUAUGCGUAAUUCUUUA